AAGUCUGGGGCAGAAAGACUCCCGCUUCACCUCACCGACAGACACACCCGAGACUCACCUGCACAGACAUGGAAGAUGAAAUCGCUGCCCUCGUUGUUGACAACGGCUCUGGCAUGUGCAAGGCCGGUUUCGCCGGAGACGACGCCCCCCGCGCCGUCUUCCCAUCCAUCGUCGGUCGCCCCAGACACCAGGGUGUGAUGGUGGGAAUGGGACAGAAGGACAGCUACGUGGGAGACGAGGCCCAGAGCAAGAGAGGCAUCCUGACCCUGAAGUACCCCAUCGAGCACGGGAUCGUCACCAACUGGGACGACAUGGAGAAGAUCUGGCAUCACACCUUCUACAACGAGCUCCGAGUCGCUCCCGAGGAGCAUCCAGUCCUGCUGACCGAGGCGCCGCUGAACCCCAAGGCCAACAGGGAGAAGAUGACUCAGAUCAUGUUCGAGACCUUCAACUGUCCUGCCAUGUACGUGGCCAUCCAGGCCGUCCUGUCACUGUACGCCUCCGGUCGUACCACAGGUAUUGUGAUGGACUCCGGUGACGGUGUCAGCCACACUGUGCCCAUCUACGAGGGCUACGCUCUGCCUCACGCCAUCCUCCGUCUGGACCUCGCUGGCAGAGACCUGACAGACUACCUGAUGAAGAUCCUGACGGAGAGAGGCUACAGCUUCACCACCACCGCUGAGCGUGAGAUUGUGCGUGACAUCAAGGAGAAGCUCUGCUACGUGGCUCUGGACUUUGAACAGGAGAUGCAGACGGCGGCUUCCUCUUCCUCCCUGGAGAAGAGCUACGAGCUGCCUGACGGACAGGUCAUCACCAUCGGCAACGAGAGGUUCCGCUGCCCCGAGACGCUCUUCCAGCCGUCAUUCAUCGGAAUGGAGUCGGCUGGCGUCCACGAGACGACGUACAACAGCAUCAUGAAGUGCGACGUGGACAUCCGUAAGGACCUGUACGCCAACACUGUGCUAUCCGGCGGCACCACCAUGUACCCCGGCAUCGCUGACCGCAUGCAGAAGGAGAUCACUGCGCUGGCCCCACCCACCAUGAAAAUAAAGAUCAUCGCUCCCCCAGAGAGGAAAUACUCGGUCUGGAUCGGUGGCUCCAUCCUGGCCUCCCUCUCCACCUUCCAGCAGAUGUGGAUCAGCAAGCAGGAGUAUGACGAGUCUGGCCCCGCCAUCGUCCACCGCAAGUGCUUCUAAACAAAACAAACCCAAACCUCCACGUCGUCGUCCUCCGCCCCCCUGGAGAGGAGGCCAACACUUUCAACCGUUCCAUCCACCUAGAAAAGUCUCUGGUUUAUCUUGUGUGAACAGACUGAAAGAUGUGAGACGCCACACACAAGAAUAAUCCAGUGACUGUUUACAUUUUAAUGUUUCAGCAGCUUAAACUGAACUUCUGACGAACUGUCAAACAUUUCUCAACAUGUUAGUGUUACUCUGCUCACAGCUUUCACUCCUCUGGUGAUAAACUACUGAUGGUCAGAAAACAAACAGUAUUAUCACUGAACAUCUUUUACCCAUGUCUUUCUACCUCUUUAACAAUCUAAUGCAUUAAAUUGCACAUCAACAUUCAGCCUUUCUCAUGUUCUGUUGUUCUGUUCAGCUGUGUAGGUGCUUUCCACCAGUGUUUAUACUUUUCAAUAAAAUGCCAACAUUUGAUGUUUACA